GCGGGUUACAUCAUAUAUUCAAUAAUCCUCCGAUGAUAUUUUUAAAUGAAUCUCAGAUGCAGCUGUUGUUUGGCUUCGAUGAACUUUGGUAUCCCCUGUAGCCCACUCUGUAUACUGGCAAAAGUUCCACAAAAGUAGACUGCGAGCCUAGUCAACUAGGAAAAAAAAUGAAAUCUAGCAUCGAUUCGACGCAAACCUGUAUUGCAACACCGAAUUAUGCCGGUUUCGUACCCAAUUUGAAGCACCAGUACGGUUUAACAUAUGGCAAUGCCACCCGUCAUAUUCUUCGAACGGAUCCGACGAUCAAAAGUGGAAUCAUUCAACAGUCCAUUGAAAAGCGACGUGGACUUUCUCAGGAUGCUGGAGACCGACUGAAAGAGGAUGUAGUCGUCAAGGUGAAAUGCGAAGGCGACGAUGCUGCCAAGUGGGUUUGGUCGACAGCCAAAAAGUAUGCUACCGGCGAUGAUAGAUUUUCAUUCCCUCCUGUCCCGGGGUACACAGGUUAUAUACCUCGAUCUCAAGAACAUUUUGGCAGACCCUAUGUGGAAACUACAAAUGCGUCGUUGACAGAUUUUCAUCAAAUGCUUAAAACAAAGGCCACUCUCCCGCACCGCAUCGAAGCCAUUCAGCAACACAAAUCGCGCAACACAACCCAGCGACCAGUGCAGACAAAACGGUCCUUCUCGCGCAGUGUGCCUCAUGGCGGCGGAUUUGCUGCUGGAAACGCAAGCGGCGCAUCCGGAUUUGCUCCAGUCCCUCCCCCCGCCGGACGAUCGGCUGGCAGUGCAAGUUCUCCAAUCGAUGAUAUGAGCCCGUACAAACUCCCGCAACAUCAUCCACAGAAAACGUUCAUUUCUGGAUAUACGGGCUUUGUGCCUAGGCUGCAGAAUCAUUUUGGCGAGCCGUAUUCGGAUAAUGUUCGGGAAGCUUUGGACGAAUUUACCGCUCCACGUACGCGUCAGGAUCCGUACAAACACAUCAAGGAGCAGAGCGCGGACACCCCGGCAACUUAUGUGAGUCCCAAAGACACAGUUAAAGUGAAUGUGGGGAAGGCAAGACCAAUUCCCGGAUUUACGGGAUUUAUACCUGGGAGUCGAACAUACUAUUCUGCAACAUUCGCAAAGACUGCUGAGGUUGCUUAUGAGCAGUUCAAUAAUCGGGAUGGUAAGAGCCAUGCCAUAAGUCAGCCCCCUUCUCUUCCGCCAAAGGACUUGGCCAAAUCGCAGCCAAUUCCAGGAUACCGUGGACAUAUCCCUACGUUCAUAUUCCAAGGGGACCGCCCCUACGGAAUCUCCUCAAAGGCUUGCAUAGAAGCCUUUGAUCGGGAACGUGCGAGGUACAAUCGUGAACAGGACAUGUAUAAAGCCAAGGAGGCUGCUGAGAAGAUUCGGCGACACAACGGGGUCACGGUUUGAUUGCGGGCUGAUGACUUUUGAGGAAUACUUGACUAGUAUCUCUUCUCAAUCCUGUGUACUUUUUUGUGGAAUUGCCAUCUGGCGGGUAUUGUUGGAUGGAAGAAAACGCAUGUCAUUCAAAAUAGUGUGCAGGUGGUAGAAAAUGUCACUAGGGACACAUUCUCCCUCCAACCCACUACAGCCGGUUCUAAUUUACAAUUGGCCAGCCUGUCCAACCCUUCAUAACCUAUCCUGCAA